AUGGUCUGUCCUAUCGCAAACGCUGCAGUUAAAUUCCCCUUCGGAUGUGGGGCUACCUUCCUUCGCAAAGCAAAGGCUUUCGAUAAGCUAUCAUUGCAUCAGUAUUGUGCUCUGCGAACGCAUGACCGCAUUCCUCUAAACGAACAGCAAAGGCGUGAUUUCAAUACAUCCACGAUACGAAAUCAACUAAACGAAAUGAAAACACAAUCGUCCCAACAAAAAGAUCCGUUGCCUUCACCGAGCAUAAAUCAGUUCACUACACGUUCACAUAACUGUGGGGAAUUGCGACUAUCACACGUAGGACAGGAAGUCACACUUUGCGGAUGGCUCGAGUAUUCCCGCAUGAACAAAUUCUUCACUCUGCGUGAUGGUUACGGAACCGUGCAAGCUCUCAUUCCGGAGGAUGUAUACCAAAGGUUCAACUUGGAUGGAUUGGCAUUCGAAUCGAUCCUACGCGUAUCGGGAACGGUUCAGUCACGUCCCGAAGGUCAAGCCAACCGUACCUUACCCACGGGUGAGAUAGAAAUUCACGUGAGCGGGCUGGAAGUGUUGAACGAAGCGAAAAAACGACUUCCAAUCAACGUGAAGGAAUAUAAUCGUGCGAAGGAAAAUCUUCGUCUCGAGCACCGGUACAUCGAUCUGCGAAACCGAGACCUGCAGCACAAUCUACGGCUCCGAUCGCAGGUGAUCAUGAAGAUGCGUGAAUGUAUGAUCAAUGAGUAUGGGUUUGUGGAGGUCGAAACACCCACCUUGUUUCGCAGAACGCCUGGGGGUGCACAAGAGUUUGUAGUCCCAUCGCGGAAAGCUGGCCAUUUCUACUCACUCGUGCAAAGUCCGCAACAGUUCAAGCAGAUGCUGAUGGUUGGAGCAAUCGAUCGAUAUUUUCAAAUUGCACGCUGCUAUCGUGACGAAUCGACCCGGCCCGAUCGGCAGCCCGAAUUCACUCAACUGGAUAUUGAGCUGUCUUUCACCGAUCGUGAAAAGGUGAUUGCUUUGAUCGAACAGGUGCUAAUGCAAUCGUGGCCAUACGCUGACAAUCCCAUUCGCGGUCCGUUCCCUCGUAUGACGCUAGCCGAAGCGAUGGAACGGUUCGGGAGCGAUAAGCCCGAUACACGAUUCGGAUACGAGUUGCAAAACUUCAGCGAGAUGCUUGCUCUGCAAUUAAUUCCCCCAGCUGGAGUGCAUCAGCAGGAUUUUAGAGCGUACGGAAUCCUUGUUCGGGCCGAGGAAGCCCGAAACUUACCAGCUGGAUUGAAAAAAUCAUUGGAAGAAAUAGCAAAGAAGAGUAAUUUUUGUAAAUUUACUCAAAGCAAGGUAACACCAGACUGGAGUUCAGGACCGAUUGUUCGAUUGCUUGGAAAGGAAGCAGCCGAAGCACUGUGCAAUCGAAUGUCCUUACAACCGGACGAUCUAUUGCUUCUUGGCUGGGGAAAGCAAACCUAUGUGCAAAACAUGAUGGGAAGAAUUCGCUUGGCUGCCUACGAAGCUUUGGAAGAGCGAAAUCUCGUACCAAAACGGCAGUCCCAUGCACAUAACUUCCUCUGGGUGGUAGAUUUCCCCAUGUUCAGUGAGAACGAAGAAACGGGCCAAAUCGAAAGCACACACCAUCCAUUUACGGCACCACACCCGGAAGAUGCUUCUGCAUUGAGCGCACUAAACCUCAGCGACAUUUACAACAUUCGCUCGCUAGCUUACGAUCUUGUGUGGAACGGUGUGGAGGUUGGUGGUGGAUCGAUCCGUAUCCACAACAGUCAGCUACAGCGAACGGUUCUAAAGGAUGUGCUAAAGAUCGAGCACGCUCAUCUCCAUCAUCUUCUGGAGGCGCUGGAAAGUGGUGCACCACCACACGGUGGCUUUGCGAUCGGCCUCGACCGGUACGUCGCUUUACUGUGCAAUGCGGCAUCCAUCCGGGAGGUGAUUGCAUUCCCCAAAAGCCUCGACGGCAAGGAUCCACUGUCGAAAGCACCUGUCCCUAUUAGCGAAGAAGAGAAGCGGAUCUACCACAUCCGGGUGGUAGAAUAA